AUGUUGCGAAAACUCACCGUGGAGCAGAUCAAUGACUGGUUCACCAUUGGCAAGACAGUCUCUGGGGUGGAGUUUUUGGGGGGCGACCUCCGAUCCGCAAAACAGCAGCCGCUCCCUGCCAGGGUCAUACAGCCUGAGCUGAGUACUGGCACAGAAUAUGUGGAGAGAUACAGACAGCUGGAGGCCAAUGAACUUGGUGCAUCAGACAACAAUUGUCCUCCAUGUGAACCAGCUCCACUUCAGCCAUCCCAGAGUGAAUCCAACGCCGUGAUGUGCAAACCAGUUGACAAUUACACAUACCCCAAUUUACCCAUAUUAAAGUGCAAGGAAGAGAUCAUUUCCUUGAUUGAAAGCAACUCUGUGGUAAUUGUGCGCGGAGCUACUGGCAGCGGCAAAAGCACUCAGCUUCCUCAGUUUGUCUUGGAUCGCUGUGCGCAACGCUCUCUCUACUGCAACGUUGUGGUUACUCAGCCCAGGAAGAUUGGUGCCAGCAGCAUCGCAAGGUGGAUCAGCAAGCAACGGUCAUGGCCUCUGGGGGAGCUUGUAGGAUACCAGGUUGGUUUAGAAAAAGUGGCAUCAAAUGACACAAGAUUGAUUUACAUGACGACCGGAGUUCUCCUUCGGAAAAUAGUUGCGGCCAAAAGCCUUGCAGAGUUCACUCACAUCUUCAUAGACGAGGUGCACGAGCGCACAGAAGAGAUGGAUUUCUUGCUAUUAGUGGUUCGUAAACUGUUGCGCACCAAUUCACGAUUUGUGAAGGUGAUUCUAAUGUCUGCAACCAUCAACUGCCAGGAGUUUGCUGACUAUUUUGCUAUUCCAGUUCGCAACAAACUAUGUCCUGCCUACAUGUUCGAAGUGGAAGGCAAGCCCCACGCAAUUGAAGAAUACUAUCUGGAUGAAUUGAAGCCGAUCUUCCGUCACAUCAGGAUUCCUCAACUGGUUGUCGAGGAGCCACUGAUACGAAAUGAGAUGUACAAAGUUGCUGUCGCCCUGAUCCAGUGGUUUGACGAGCUGGAAAUGAAGGAGAACAAGAUGGAUCAACACUGUUUGGAUCUUAUGUCAGAUCGUGGCAGUGUGUUGGUGUUCUUACCAGGUUUGGCAGAAAUAAACUACAUGCAUGAACUGCUUACAAACAUGGUCCAUAAAAGAUUACAAGUCUACCCACUCCAUUCCAGUGUCACGCUGGAAGAACAGAGUAAUGUGUUUUUGGCUCCAGUUCCUGGUUACCGGAAAAUCCUUCUGUCUACAAACAUAGCUGAGAGUUCUGUAACUGUUCCCGAUGUCAAAUAUGUCAUAGAUUUCUGCCUAACCAGAAUGCUGGUUUGUGAUGAAGACACCAACUAUCAAAGCCUGCGGCUGUGCUGGACUUCUAAAAACAGCUGUAAUCAGAGGAGAGGUCGUGCAGGUCGUGUUUCGAAAGGAUAUUGCUACAGGCUAGUAUCCAGAGACUUCUGGGCAGACUGCAUACCCGAGAGCUCUGUUCCUGAGAUGGCGCGCUGCCCAUUGGAGAAUACUGUGCUGAAGGUAAAGCUGCUUGACAUGGGGGAGCCCAGAGCUUUGCUGGCGACAGCCCUUACUCCACCCACUAUCGGUGAUAUUGAACGCACUGUUCUACUGCUCAAGGAGAUAGGAGCCCUUGCAGUUGGUGCCCCUUCUGACGACACCAAUCCUUACGAUGGAGAGCUGACCUUCCUGGGAAGAGUGUUGGCACAAUUACCUGUAGACCAGCACCUUGGCAAACUGAUAGUCCUUGGCAAUGUCUUUGGGUGUCUGGAAGAAUGUCUCAUAAUAGCUGCAGCCCUUUCGUUGAACAACUUCUUUGCAAUACCUUUCAGACAACAUCUGGAUGGAUACAGGAAUAAAAUGCAUUUUUCUGGGAACAGCAAGAGCGAUUGCAUUGCGCUCGUCAUGGCAUUUAAGGAGUGGCAGGAAAGCAGGCAAAAAGGAAAGCUCAGACAUCCCAAGGAUGAACUUGAUUGGGGCCGUUCCAAGUAUAUUCAUAUAAAAAGAAUUCGAGAGGUGGCUGAACUGUAUGAGGAGUUAAAAAGGAGAAUCAGCGAAUUCAACAUGCAUGUUAAUCCGCAACCCCCUGCCAUGGACCGCGACUACGUGUACAAACAGCGCUUCAUUUUGCAGGUUAUCAUCGCUGGUGCUUUCUACCCAAAUUAUUUUGCUUUGGGGCAAUGUGAUGAAGAAGUUGCUGCCAGGGAGCUGUCAGGCAAAGAUCCCAAAACGACAGUAAUGUUAAAGAGCGUGCCCCCCUAUGGCUUCCUCUACUAUAAACAACUGCAGUCGCUGUUUCGACAGUGUGGCCAAGUAAAAUCUAUUUCCUAUGACGGAACCAAAGCUUUUGUUGAGUUUUCCCGGAAUCCAACCGAACACUUUAAGACACUUCCUGCUGUGUACAUAGCCUUGAAGAUGGCACAACUACGUAAUCGGUUUGAACUUAAUAUACAUUUUUCAGAAGAGAUUGAAGAGAAAAUGGACAUGGAAUCAAGUGUGAUAGUUAGGGGCGCACGUGUGAAGGUGGACUUUCAGAAGCACACAGUGGCUCCCAUGCAAAAAUUUUGCAGCAUUUCAGAAAAAAUGCAGACCAUUGCAAGCCUUGAUUUGUCGAUCAAUGUCACAGAGGUGGUGGAGGUUGGACACUUCUGGGGUUACAGAAUCGAUGAAAAAAAUAUGACUUUAUUAAAAAACCUGUCUGCAGAAAUUAACCAGCUAAACCUGAAGCCUCUGUCGAUCAGUCCCUAUCCGGACUUGGUUUGUAUGGCGCCAUUUAAAGACUGGGAAAAUGAGAAAUUCUACAGAGCCCAGAUCUUGUAUGUGUCUGGGGAGAGUGUCGAGGUUUUCUAUGUAGACUAUGGCAAUAGAUCCAAAGUGGCGCUGGACCACCUACGAGAGAUUCCGGAUCACCUUCGAAAGCUUCCUUUCCAGGCUUUGGAAUUUAAGGUGCGCAGAAUGCGUCCUUCUGCACAAUCUCUGGUAUGUGGAGAGCAGUGGAGCUAUGCAGCGAGCCAAAGGUUUGCUUCGUUGGUUAACCACUAUGCACUGAUGGUGAAAGUCUUUUCAGUCGUGCACGGUAUCUUGCAUGUGGAUGUAUACCGGCAUUCUGGGAUUAUGGAUGUUGUGAAUAUCCGAGACGUGCUGAUUCAAGAAUGCUAUGCAGAAUUGUCGGAAGACUCCUACGAAUCAAAACUAAGCAAUGAAACUCUCAAGGAGCUGUUUGCGAAGCCGGAUACGAACAAGGGAAAUAGCGUCACAAGUGCUGAGACUAACUCAAGGGAGGAAGAAGAGGAGCGCCUGAUUAGAGCGCUGUUGGAUAGCUGCACCAUCGGCAGGCUCGGGGCGCCGAACUGCAAGGCGGUCCUGCUUGGCCCAUUCAAUCCGUACUUCUUGAAGGUCAGCAGCAUGACCAGGAUCUCCCGUUUCAGAACUGUCUUGGCAGAGAAAAAGAGCAUCAACUCCGUGAUCGUCGAUGAUGCUCCCGAGGAUUCAUUUCAGCAAAUGUUGGUUGCUGCAUCCAUCUCCGUAAACGCCACAGGAUCUACCAUGUUUCUGAGGGAGACUUCGAUCAUGCCUCGUAUCCCAGGACUACCGGCUUUGGUUAGCAUGCUGUUUGCUCCCGUGAUCAAUCUUAGGGUUGAUGAGACCAGGAGGAGGUAUGUUGGUGUCCUUUGUGGCCUGGGAUGGAACCAUUCUCUGGGCACCCCAGUCUUUCCAGAACAUGACAUGGAACUUGCAUUUGAUGUGCAGAUUAACGCUGAUGAUAUAACGCAGAUAAACAUCCUAAGAAAGUCCAUUAACAAGUUAGUCUCUGAUGGCCCUAACGGCUUGUUACAUUUGGGUCAAGAGAGAAUUGCUGAUUUACAGAACAAGGCUCGCCAGAACCUGUUAAGCUUGAUUUGCAAAUCUAAGCCUCGGGAAGUAAUUCCUCCUAAGUGGUAUGCAAAGCCAUAUGAGUGGGGCCAGCUGAAGACAGAGUUUGUCAUUGACCAGUCUGAAGUGCAGGACACAAGACGAACCAACACGUUGCUUUACCAGUUGCAUAACUUGAUUCUGUUGAAUGCCUGAGUCUCUGCUUCCCAGGUACACUUACUGGAGGGAAGUCCCAUUGAAAUUGGCAGGAUUUAUUUCCUAAUAAAUGCAUUUUUAAGUUCAGAACGUUGACUGGUUUUGAAGUCAUCUUUGUUCAAGAGCAAGACGAAAGGAAUGCAAGAAAUGUUUUAAGAGAUCCAUCUGAAGUUCUUAGUUUGUAUCUUCUCCCCUCCCCCCCCUUUCAUCUUUUUGAUCUUAAAAACCCAAGUAUGUGCACUGUACCUGAAUUUGGGAUUACUUGGGGCAAAAGCUGGAUCUGCCAAUAUCUUCUUUCAUUUCCUUUUUCUUGAAACUUUUCUAAAUAGCUGGGGGGAGGGCCUGGGGGGGGAGAGAAGAGAGAUUUGUUAGGAAUGGUGGUCCUGGGAGAAAAGAGGAUUUGGCCCUUCUGUGAAUUUGGCCCCCUUGAAGCACUGUUAUCCAGUAAGGGGGAAAUUUAUGCUUCUACUGGGGCAAAUGGCACCUCUGGAAAUGUGUUGAACUGCCUUAGAUCAGUCCAAAAUCAUUCAUCUUCUGUCCCCUUGCCCCCCCCCCACCCUGCACAGACGCACUACUGACUUUUAACAAAAUCUAAAGAGAUGGGUGAUUUUACCCACACUGCCUUGCUUAGUUUGGCCUUUGGUUUUCUCCUUAAAGGUUUAAGAAGAUGCACAUUUGGCUGUAGCUAAGAAGAUUCUGCUUAACUGUUCUUCAAAUGAUCAAACUGACAAAUCCAGCUAAGGAGUUUGUGUUUUUAAGUCUCUGUCUUUCGGUCUGGCUGUUUUGCCUUUCAAUUAACAUAUGCCAGUUGAUCAAGUGUGACGUUUACACUAUUUGUUUUCCUGUUACCAGAUGUAUAACAACUUCUAGUUUUGUUUACAAAAAUAAAGUAAACAGACAUCA